UCGCAGCAGGAGCUGCCGGACCGGAAGGGCCUGGGUUCCCGGGACCCCUGCGUCCCCCAACUCCCACCUGGCGCAGGACCCGCCUCCGGUCCAGGCCAGAGCUCCCGCCCCACCCCCACUCAGGGGCUCCGGUUUCAGACCCUGUGACCGGCACAGCAGCUGCCCAGGACACGAUGGGGGGGGCAUACCCCCUUUGACCACAGAGGCUGCUGGGCUGGGGCCUCCCCUCCCCCGCCUAUCUUCCCCCUCCCCCAAACCCCUCCUUGGUCCCCUGCACAUCCGGGGUGACUGGAUGGACCAAUGGCGAGGUUGGGGAGCCCUGUUCUCCCAGUGUGCAUUCUGCUAUGCCCGAGGUGGGCACUGGGAUUGGCUGUUUGGCUACAUCUUGUCUUUUUAACUUGGCUGGGGGCUCCCUGGGGAUUUGGACUCUGGUCUGCCAGGUGUGCCUCUAGCUAGGGUGGGAGCUGGGGGGGGUCCCUCUGCAGGGCGUAGUGGGGAACUGGUCUCCCAGUACUACACACCUCUCAAUGCCCCAGUUUUUGAUGGAGAACCUCUCCCUGGCCAGUCGUGGGUGAAUGGAAAGAACUCACAGAUAUGUGGCCUCCACAACUCAGCCCAGGAUGGAGGGGGCUUCAUGGGGCAGAGUGGGGGGUGCAGUAACUAGGACGAUGAGAGAUUUACAUCUGGAUGUCAGCAGCAGCCACCUGGCUCCUCUCAGAGGGCCAUCUCCUGCACAGGUUGUGGAGGGGGCUUCCCCCAGACAAAGAAAGAUGGGGUCCACUUGCUCUGAGUGAUCUAUAAUAAUAAUCUUGCCUUUUUGUUUCUUUCUAACAUUUCUUUCUUUUGUGGAGACAGGAUCUCCCUCUCUUGCCCAGGCCGGAGUGCAGUGGUGCGAUCAUAGCUCAUUGCACUGCGGCCUUGACCUCCUGGGCUCAAGCAAUCCUCCCACCUCAGCCUUCCGAGUAGCUGGGACCACAGGCACAUGCCAGGACACCUGGCUAAUUGUUUAAAUUUUUGGUAGAGGUGGGGGGGGGUCUCACCAUGUUGCUCAGGUUGGUCUCGAACUCGUAGGCUCAAAUGAUCCUCCUGCCUCAGCCUCCCAAAGCACCGGGUGUGCUUUGGGCCUCUCUUGCCUUUUCGAUUGAAAGUUCUGUUGAUAAUGGGUCCUGAGCUGGACCCUGCUUGGCCUCCCUCAACCUGGCCUGAGGGUCACUCAUAGUCCCUCCUCUCUCCCUAGGGGCCAAACUAGCAGGUCCUGCCACCUCUCUGGCUGCCCCCUAGAGCCUGCCCAGCCCAGCCUGACCAAUGUCCACAGCCAGGGAGCAGCCAAUCUUCAGCACACGGGCGCACGUGUUCCAAAUCGACCCGACCACCAAGCGAAACUGGAUCCCGGCGGGCAAGCAUGCACUCACUGUCUCCUAUUUCUACGAUGCCACCCGAAAUGUCUACCGCAUCAUCAGCAUCGGGGGCGCCAAGGCCAUCAUCAACAGCACUGUCACUCCCAACAUGACCUUUACCAAAACCUCCCAGAAGUUCGGGCAGUGGGCGGACAGUCGCGCCAACACCGUUUACGGCCUCGGCUUUGCCUCUGAACAGCAUCUGACACAGUUUGCCGAGAAGUUCCAGGAAGUGAAGGAAGCAGCCAGGCUGGCCAGGGAGAAAUCUCAGGAUGGCGGGGAGCUCACCAGUCCAGCCCUGGGGCUCGCCUCCCACCAGGUGCCCCCGAGCCCCCUCGUCAGUGCCAAUGGCCCGGGUGAGGAGAAACUGUUCCGCAGCCAGAGCGCAGACGCCCCCGGCCCCACGGAGCGCGAGCGGCUCAAGAAGAUGCUGUCCGAGGGCUCCGUGGGCGAGGUACAGUGGGAGGCCGAGUUCUUCGCGCUGCAGGACAGCAACAACAAGCUGGCGGGCGCCCUGCGAGAGGCCAACGCGGCUGCAGCCCAGUGGAGGCAGCAGCUGGAGGCUCAGCGUGCAGAGGCUGAGCGGCUGCGGCAGCGGGUGGCUGAGCUGGAGGCCCAGGCAGCUUCAGAGGUGACCCCGGCCAGCGAGAAGGAGGGGCCGGGCCAGGGCCAGUCGCUGGAGCAGCUGGAAGCUCUGGUGCAAACCAAGGACCAGGAGAUCCAGACCCUGAAGAGUCAGACUGGGGGGCCCCGAGAGGCCCCAGAGGCUGCCGAGCGCGAGGAGACUCAGCAGAAGGUGCAGGACCUGGAGACCCGCAACGCGGAGCUGGAGCACCAGCUGCGGGUGAUGGAGCGCAGCCUGGAGGAGGCGCGGGCGGAGCGGGAGCGGGCACGGGCCGAGGUGGGCCGGGCGGCGCAGCUGCUGGACGUCAGGCUGUUCGAGCUGAGUGAGCUGCGCGAGGGCCUGGCCCGCCUGGCUGAGGCUGCGCCCUGAGCCGGGGCUGGUUUUCUAUGAACGAUUCCGGCCUGGGAUGUGGGCCAGGCCGCAGGCGGCGUAGGUGGGCCCAUUUGUCCUGGCAAGGGACCGGGGGUCCCAACUCGGUCCCGGGUGGGCCGGGGUGGGGUGGGCCCCGGCUGGCUCUGGCUGUUGACAGCAUGGGGGCUGUUUUUGAGCUUCUCAUUGUGUAGAAUUUCUAGAUCCCCAGAUUACAUUUCUGAGCGUG